CCAAUAGCGACCUUAUUGCAUUGACUUUAGGACAUGGGAAGUGAUCGCACGUUGAAAAAGCAAAAGAUGUCGGUUUUACAAGAACUUAAGAAAAUCACCACCAUCGUCGCAGAUACCGGCGACUUUGAAGCUAUUAACAUCUACAAGCCCACAGAUGCCACGACCAAUCCCUCUCUUAUUUUGUCCGCUUCCUCCAUGGAGCGGUACCAGCCUCUGGUGCAAAAGGCCGUAGCCUACGCCAAAGGCAAAAAGGGCUCCGUGAGUGACCAAGUGGCCGAGGCCAUGGAUUACCUAUGCGUGCUGUUCGGAACGGAAAUCUUAAAGGUUGUCCCUGGCCGAGUUUCCACUGAAAUCGAUGCCCGUCUCUCUUUCGACACCAAGAAGAGUGUGGCGAAGGCCCUGAAGCUGAUUGAUCUGUACAAAUCGCUGGGCAUUGGCAAGGAGCGAAUCCUGAUCAAGCUGGCCUCCACCUGGGAGGGUAUCAAGGCUGCUGAGAUCCUGGAGAACGAGCACGGCGUGCACUGCAACCUGACGCUCCUCUUUUCGUUCGCCCAAGCCGUGGCCUGCGCCGAGGCCGGAGUGACCCUGAUCUCUCCGUUCGUGGGCAGGAUCCUGGACUGGUAUGUGGCCAACACGGAGACCAAGAAGUUCGAGGCCCUGAAGGAUCCGGGUGUAAUCUCAGUGACCAACAUCUACAACUACUACAAGAAGUUCGGCUACAAAACCCUGGUAAUGGGCGCCUCCUUCCGCAAUGUGGGCGAGAUCAAGGCCCUGGCUGGCUGCGACUUGCUCACCAUCAGUCCCUCGCUGCUCAAGGAGCUCGAGAAUGAGACCGAGUCGGUGAUCACCUACUUGUCCGAGAGCAACGCCAAGCUGCAGGACAUCGAGAAGAUCACUGUGGACGAGAGCAAGUUCCGCUGGCUGCUCAACGAGGACGCCAUGGCCACCGACAAACUGUCCGAGGGAAUUAGAAAGUUUGCCGUGGAUACUGUUAAGCUGGAGAGUUUGAUUAAGACCUAUCUUAAGUAGAUGUUGGUUCCGGUUGUUGGUGGAGGAUGAAAACAACAAUUGUUUAAAAACAAAUAAUUUUAUACUUUAAUAAAAAUGAAAAGAAAGAUA